GCUUCCCAUACGCCGAACUGAUGAUUGCGCCAACCAUAUUGUUGAGCGAGCCUUGUCGUCAUGUAAUGUACCCUAGGCUGCUACAGGUUAGUGUGCCAGUCCGAAAUAUAGCAAGCGGGAGUCAUCGCCUACCUAAAACUAUGCUGGUUGACUUCCGUCUUGACUUGCGAUUUGAAUUCAAGCAGCCUCCCAAGUCUUCGUCGCAGUCUCUAAAACACACUCGGGCUGCCCUGCCGGGUUCACUCCGGCGAAAUCACUCUGGAUUGGCGUUAUUUCCAAGUUCUGCGGUCAGGGAAUCGUCUAUCAGGUUGCUGGGUCAUUCUCGGCUAAAAGCGAAACUCGAGUCCGACUAUGAACACUGUCGACGAGAUCACGCCUUUGCCGACUUUAGUUCCGGCUGUCGACGAGAUCACGCCUUUGCCGACUUUAGUUCCGGCGGAGUUGGAAGAGAUCGGUUUGGGGUAAAGCAAAGUGUUCUCAAAUGGAGGUGCAAGUGCAGUUUGACUGCCCUGAAGUGCGGUGGUGACGGGCAAAAUAAUAACCCCAAGUCAUCGACGUGUGUUAACUUUUACCUACCGCUACCUUACCUGAAUGACAUGGCACGUACCAGCUCGACCAUCUCAGCCAGCGGCGUUGAGUUGUAGCCUACCUAAUGAUUCGAUACUCCAAGAAGUGUCUGUAUCAAGAGCACUUUGG